AUGAAAGAUGAGAAGUCUGACCAUGCGGAUGACGACCACAGGAUGAUGGCAAGUGCCAUCUAUGUGGCAUCUAUGAUCAUCACCACAAUACUCUGGUUUCUCAGGAUAGAAAUAAAUGGAAAUAGAGUACUUGCUGUUUUAGAAGUGUUGGUAGAGCUUUCAUUUACUUGGUUUAUUUCAAUUUACUGGGUAAAGAGAAUAUGGGGAAAAAAUCUCAAGGAACCCAAAGGAAAAGUGUCACGUUUACUUUGCUGGGUAGCUUUUUACUUCUCCCUGGUUUAUGCUUUCUUAUUGGUUCCUUCUUUUAUAUUUAUGAUUGUUACGAAAAAAGUAAGAAACCUUGGUAAGUUUUUAGGAGAGGAUAGUCCUUGCAUAGCCUUGGUAUACAUAAUAAUCAAUGCGCUGGGGUUUUUGCCCCGGCCAUCCUCUAUAAGCUAUAAGAUUGAUCUUUUGGCAUAUGUAUGCAUUCAAGUUAUCUUUGUUGUUUCCAUGAUUGUAACCUACAAAAAAAAUAGGGAAGACAUAUUACCAUAUACUUCCAUGGCUUGUGGGCUCGGCCUAGGUGCUUUCACCCUUUUGAAAGAAUUAUCUGUGAUACCAAGAGAGGAUUGUUCAGAAAAAAACUCCAAAAACUACAAUCGUAUCCGAUAUCUGGUAGCAAUAACCUCCAUAAUUGUCCUUUAUGAAUUUAAGAUCAAAUUGGAAAAUACACCACCUCAUAUCGCUCGCCUACAAUAA